AAUGUGUUGGUGUUAUUGGGACAUGGCAGAGUGCUCGUGGCCUGAACUCAACAUCGGAGACACGCGCAGGACAGAAGGAGGACGAGGACAUGGUGUUCACGAUCAAGACUUUACGUUUUUAACAUACAGCGUCCACUUUCAAGCCAAGGCGUCGGUGGGAGACUGCAAUUACCUUUUUCUAUAACAGGUAGGACUAAAGAGAGAUGAGAAGCGAAGCAGAAGAAUUAUCCCAAACAUCAGAGAGGACUGCAGCCAUGGACCUGUUCAAACAACAGAAGGUGGAGGAUUUCUAUCACAUUGGUGAAGAGCUGGGAAGUGGGCAGUUUGCCAUCGUAAAGCAAUGCAGAGAGAAAAGCACAGGUCUGCAAUUUGCUGCCAAGUUCAUCAAGAAGCGGCAGAGCAUGGCCAGCUCUCGAGGAGUGCGGCGGGAGGAGAUAGAGCGGGAGGUGGACAUCCUGCAGCAGAUUCAGCACCCUAACAUCGUCACGCUGCACGACGUCUACGAGAACCGCACUGAUGUGGUGCUCAUCCUGGAGCUGGUCUCUGGAGGUGAGCUGUUUGACUUCCUGGCACAGAAGGAGUCUCUGAGCGAGGAAGAGGCCACCCAGUUCAUCAAGCAAAUCCUCGAGGGGGUGAACUACCUCCACGCCAGAAAAAUAGCCCACUUUGAUCUCAAGCCUGAAAACAUAAUGCUGCUGGACAAGAAUGUGCCGUUGCCGAGAAUCAAACUCAUUGAUUUCGGUCUUGCCCACAAGAUUGAAGCUGGUGUUGAGUUCAAGAACAUCUUUGGGACGCCUGAGUUUGUAGCACCGGAGAUUGUCAACUAUGAGCCACUGGGAUUAGAAGCAGACAUGUGGAGCAUCGGGGUCAUCACCUACAUCCUGCUGAGUGGUGCUUCACCCUUUCUGGGGGAGACCAAACAGGACACGCUGGGGAACAUUUCAGCCGUAAAUUAUGAGUUCGAUGAGGAGUUCUUCUGUCACACCAGUGAGCUGGCUAAGAAAUUCAUCAGCCAGUUGUUGGAGAAGGAUAAGAAGAAAAGAUUAACAAUUCAAGAUGCUCUUAAUCACCCGUGGAUCAAGUCCAAUGAGCACAAGGAGGAAAACAAAGCCCAGGAGCCAAAGAAACGGGAGCGGCGCCAGCUGAAGACCAAGCGCCUGAGGGAGUACACUAUUAAGUCGCACUCAAGCAUGCCACCCAACAACACUUAUGUAAACUUUGAGCGCUUUGCCCAGGUGGUGGAGGACAUCGACCAGAUGGAGAGCUCGUUCGUUAGCCUGGCAGCAGCCCAUGACUCUCUGCAAGAAGAUAUCGAUGCCAUGGUGUCCAUAUACAAUGAAAAGGAGGCCUGGUACAAGGAGGAGAGUGAAGGAGUGCGCCACGAGCUCUCGCAAAUCCGCUAUGAGUUCCGUAAGGUGGAGGCCUUUAAGAGGAGCCUGCAGGACGACAUGCAGGCUUUCAGCUCCGGCGUCUGUGCCAUCAGCAACCGCUACCAGGAGAGACAGACCCACUUCGAUGCACUGCGUCUGGAGCUUAGCAAUGAGCUGAAAUGGGUGCAGGAGGUGGUGGGUUCAUUUCCCAUGGACGGAGGUGGUGGAGGAUACCCCAACUGCAACUUCUCCACCGUCUUCAAUGACGACGUGAACGAAGCCCUGAAAGAGCUGCUGAACCGCUCCUGUGGAGGAGAGCUGCUAUCCGGGAUCAACCUGGAGUUUGAGACCGGACAGCAAAGAUAAAUGACAAUUAUCCAACGAAGGUUAAAGUCAAGGGCAACUGGACUUGGUUGAAGAUACUGGAAGACGU